UCUUAAUUAAAUUUUCCUGAGUAGAAAAAUCCGUCCAAAGCACAACAAACCUCCUAAGAGUACAAGUCCAAGUCAGCCCAAAAAGUAGCUACCGCCCAUUGGGCCAAGGCAAGGCUUCCACCCCAUUGAACUUCCUAAUUCUCUCACGCACAAAAGAAGAAACUAAAGAGACAAACUUGGAACACCCAAAUUUGGCGUUCUUACGAGCGAAAGAUUCCUCUUCUAUGGACUCAGCCGAAGAUAUUUUCGAUUCAUCGCUAAAUCUAGAAGAGACCCAUUAUCAAGAAGGUUACGAAGAAGGCUACAAACACGGCAUAGCAACCGGUAAAGAAGAGGCAAGGCAAGUGGGUCUUGAAACGGGCUUCGAAACAGGCGAAGAGCUCGGUUUCUACAAGGGCUGCGUCGACGUGUGGAGCUCCGCCAUCCAAAUUGACCCGACUCGGUUUUCCACUCGGGUCCAAAAGGGUAUAAAGCAAAUGGAGGAAUUGAUCGAAAAAUACCCAGUUGUAGAUCCGGAGAAUGAAAGCGUCCAAGAAAUAAUGGAAGCUUUGAGGCUUAAGUUUAGGGUUAUCCGUGCAGCUUUGGGUGUUAAAUUGGAAUAUGAUGGGUACCCAAAACCCAAAGACAUCGAAUUUUGAUUUGACCUAUUUUUUAGUUCUUACAAGCUGAAAGAGGAGCAGAAAACAUAUGUUGAACAAGAUGCUGGCUUGUGGGAAGGUGUACAUUUCUGAAAGCCGAAACAGAGCAGCUUUGGAGUUGAUAGAACGAGCUGCUGCGAAGCUAUUCCCUGAGGCUGCUAUUGUGAACAAGUUCGUAGAUGUGACUUACAAUAGAGUUGGUUAUACGGUUGUCUCCAGAUUGACUUCAGAACCAUCGCAAGAUUCAUUUCCUCUGAAAGGUGCAGUGUUUGCCAUUGUUAAGGCUGCUUUGGAAACCAUCGACUUUGAGUUGCAUUCUGGGACUCAUCCUCGACUUGGAGUUGUUGAUCAUAUAUGUUUUCACCCCUUGGGACAUACUACCUUGGACCAGGCAGCUGCAAUUGCAAAGUCCUUGGCAGCAGAUAUAGGCUCUAAACUUCAAGUACCUAUAUUUCUUUAUGGAGCUGCCAAUGAAGGGGGAAGAUUGCUUGAUUCAAUCAGAAGAGAACUGGGUUAUUUCAAGCCUAACUCUGGCGGUAUUCAAUGGUCUGGAGGGACAAGAUCAGAGUCCUUGCCCCUGAAGCCUGAUGCAGGUCCAGCUCAAGUGUCUCCAGCAAAAGGUGUUAUUGUUAUUGGGGCAAGCCAUUGGGUUGCUAACUACAAUGUCCCUGUGCUCUCAACUGAUAUCGCUGCCGUUCGUAGAAUUGCUAAACAAGUAAGUGAGAGAGGAGGUGGACUUCCUUCAGUGCAAGCCAUGGGACUUGCACAUGAUGAUCGUGUGACUGAGGUGGCCUGUAAUUUGUUGGAACCAAGUAAAGUUGGAGGAGAUAAAGUUCAGCUUGAAGUUGAGAGGCUUGCAAAGGAAGAGAGGUUGAGUGUAGGGAAGGGGUAUUUCACUGAUCUUUCACAGGACAAGAUAAUUGAAAGUUACAUUAAGUUGAGUUCUUCCUAACUAAUGGAUGAAAUAUGGUCUUGGAGGUUAUGAAAUUGCAAUUGUUAUAAAAAGGGAAGACAGCAGAAUGCAAGUAUUAUUUUGGAUGACUAGUGUCUGAAGUUUAAGUCAGAAGUUAAUUAAUUUUGUUGGUGCUAUUAAAUAUUCAGACAUACUGAGGAACUUCACCAUGUCAGAGUAAUGUUACAACCAUAUCACUUUUAAAUUUUAUCUAUCUUUUUUUUUGCAAAGAGAGCAAUGCUUGUUCCUGUAUGAAGGGGAGAGUUGUUUGGAAACUUUGCUACAUUCGUGCAAUCAAAAUUAUUAGUGAUGGAA